AUGCCUCUCCAUUGGAUUAUUUCUUGUUCUUCCUUCCUUCAUGCAAGAAGUCUCGGCCAUUGGGAAGAUAUUACCUUUCAUGAAUAUCUCAUGUGGAUCGCACUCUUGACGGUAAUGACUGUGGUCAGACAUGGUGAUAGAAAGGCAUAUUGGAGACAGGGUCAGCCUUUUUUCUUGAUGAAUGUUGACUUUAGUCAAUAUAUGUCUUUUAACAGAUUCAGUGACAUUAUGAAGAUGCAUGUUUUUGAAAUUCCUUCAAACCAGGCUCAGGAGCUUGACCCUCUUUAUCAAAUUAAGUCCAUCACCCAAGCCUUUAAUGAUCACAUGGAUAAGUGUAUAAUACGAGGAAAAUAUCUUGUUAUCGAUGAAUCUAUGAAUCAAUGGUUAGGUACUGGUAUGCCAAAUUUGAAGAAGAUUCCUAGAAAGCCACAUCCAAUCGGACAAGAGUUUAAGACGCUGGCUGACAAUCACUGCUACUGCAUAUUGCGUAUCGAUACAGUCAGUGAUCCUUGCCCAAAAGAAUAUGACAAAGAUCCUGGCAUGAAGAAGCUGAAGGUCACUGUAAAACUUUUGGCAAAACCUUGGUUUGGCUUUGGUCGAACAGUCAUUGCUGACUCUUGGUUCGGUUCGUCCGAUAUGAUCUCAAUGCUGAUGAAUCAUGGCCUUUGUUCGAUUAUGCCGGUCCCAAGCGUCGUUACUGGCCUCAGGACAUGCCUGCAACAGACAUUGUGGAGAGAGUAG